AUGCCUAAAAUAAAUUCGAUACUUUUAAUAAUAAAAAUUGUUGUUGCAAGCAGUAAUUUUUUUACAAUCUUGUUUUUGAUUAUUUUUACUAAUGUAAUCCAAUAUUACAUUAAUUAUUUCAAUCGACCCUCAAAAAUUUCUGGUCCACUCCCUUUACCAAUUAUGGGAAAUAUUCACCAAAUUGGAGCAGAUUUCACAGCCGCAAUAAAAAAAUUUCAUGAAAAAUAUGGUGAUUUAUACGAAUUUUAUGUGGGAAGUACACGCAUGAUUGUUAUUAGUAAACCUGAUUUAGCCGAAAAAAUAUGGGGACCAGCGUCUCUUAAAAAUACAAAAUUUAUUAUGCGUAAUUCAUAUUCUAAAGGUCUUGAUGACCUUGAUUUAGGUACAAAAGGAAUGGUAUUUAAUCGUAAUAUUGAAGUUUGGGCUAUCAAUAGAAGAUUUAUAAAUACUAUUUCUUCACCACCUUUUUUACGUGAAUCAAUCAAUAUAUCAAAUAAAGUUAUUGAUAAAAUGUUUGAAUAUUGGAAAAUCAUUGAAAAAGAAGGAAUGCAAGUUGACAUUUGCGAGUGGUUGAUUUCUUUGGGUGCUGACAUCGUUUCGACAACUGCAACCGGAAAAAGAAUUUGGGAAAAUGGCGUAAAAUUUACUCAAGCAAUUCAUUUGUAUAACGAAUCAAUGGCAUUUAUGUUAUUAAUUCCAACAGCGUUUCGAAUAAAUGUCCCUUUUAUUAAAGGUAUAAAUAAGAAAUAUUUGGAUAAUAAAGAUUGGAUAUAUCAAGAAUUGGACAGAAUCAUUUCCGAAAAGCAACAGGAAAUUGAAAAUACACCUUUGGGUCAGCCUCUUGAACCAAAUAUUUUAACUUUGCUACUUACAACAAACACAGAAAGAGAUUUAGACAAAAUUUCUGUCGGUAAAUUUGAUAGACCGUUAACAAAAGAUGAAGUAAUUUCAAUAUUACGUGAAGUAUUUACCGGUGGAUUAGAUACUACUUCGAACUCUUUAACAUACAUUAUUUUCUAUCUUGCUAAACAUCGAGAUAUUUAUUUAAAAAUGAGACAAGAAGUAUUAGAUGUUUACGGCACACUUGACAAACCUGUAAUUACAUUGGAGUCAUGUGAAAAACUUAAAUAUAUAGAAGCCGUGAUUUAUGAAGGCAUCCGCAUUUUCCCUACAGUAUCAAUUAUGCCUCGUGCUGCAACUGAAGAUAUUCAAUUUGAUGGAUUUACAAUUAAAGCUGAUACAACUGUUUAUACUGAUUUUUAUGCGUUAAAUCAUAAUUCUAAAUACUUUAAAGAUCCUGAAAUUUUUAAUCCUGAUAGAUUUUUAACUGAUAAAGAAUCAUUUACUAAAUACACUUAUCUUCCUUUUGGGAAUGGUGUGCGCAUGUGUCCUGGUCGUGCCUGGGCUAUGAUUCAAAUGAAAACUUCCUUGGUUAAUCUUGUUUGUAAAUUUGAUAUAAAUUCGAAUGAUAACAAUGAUAUUCCUAAGUAUCAUUAUCAUACC